GGUCUGAGGCGCGAGCGAGGGAGGGCGUUCAAACACGUAGCUCGUUGGCUGUAUUGACGUCUGUGUGGAGGUAAAUUAACACUGGAGAGAAACGCGGUCCGUCGUUUUUAACGUAUUAUCCAAAAUGAAGACCUUCGUCGCCGUCGCCCUCCUGUGCCUGUUCGCCGUCGCCCGCGCCGAGGACGACAACAGCCUCGAGGAAACCGCUCGCUUCGGCUUCCUCUCCCUCGACGAUAAUGGCGCCACCUUGUCCUUCAACUCGACCUCCCUGCAGACCGCCGUGGUCGUCGGGGUCAUCCUGCUGAUCCUCGCCCUCGUCCUCGUGCCCCUCCUCGGCUUCGACCUCGCCAAGCUCUUCGCCGGCAAGGAGAGCUACGACUACCCCAACUACGCCUACGACAACACCCAGGGAUACUCCUCCUACACCAGCUACGCCCAGAGGUCCCUCAACCUCCUCUCCCCCGUGCUCACCGCCCUCACUGAGGCCUACAAGAAGUACGAAUAAAUGAAGCUCAAAGGUAGACGACUCCACCUUUGCUGACCAGUAAAGCCAAAGGGACCCGAUUGCCCUGCAACAUGACAUGACUUGGCCUGUGAUAGGUCGUAGACCAAAGACUUUGAAUAAGGACCUUUUAUAACCCUGACUGGCGUGACAUGACCACUUGGGCGUGUCUUGUGCCUUGGUGCUGACCUCCCCUCCCCUAGAAUGAGGACCCUGGCCCAUUUCCCAGUCCCACCUUGACCCUCAUGGAUAUCGGCUUUCGGGUAUUCUCCCUCCCACCUUCCCCCCCCCUCACCCCAGACACAGAGGCGGCGCCCUUCGGUGCCUCCCUCAGCCCCCGGAGAGCCGCACCUCAACUCCCCGCUCUGCUUCAGGUCGUCGGGGACAGAGUGCGAGCGACUCCACUGUACAUACUGUAUACUAGACCCAACGCUAGACAUUAGACUAGAAACAUUAGACCUUACCUGAGCCGACUGAGGCUCGCGACUUCUCAUUUCAUUAUCGAUCUUUUAUACGGAUAAGUUAUUGUAUUUAUAUUGUUGAUCGUUGUAUUUAUUCCAGUUGUUUUUUGUUUUGAGAAUCAUACCAAAAUACCUCUUUGUUGUUAUUAACGUUUCCACAUCUGCAUAGCUAGUCUUAUGCAGAUGAAAUACAAAGUUGAUAUAAAAUGA